CUGAAAGCUACUACUACUAUAUGCAGGUACUCUAUGCGAGAGCUAACUACUACCUUACCAAGAACAACCUUGACCUACUAUCACCGCCCCGCCUCUCGAUCAACUCAAUCAGUCGCAAAUCACUUUACAGCUGCACGUCAAGAUCACCGCUUUCCUAUUAGAUAUCGCAAAAGUGUGAAUUAAAAGGCAAACAAGGCGCCUGGAAGUUACAGGUGCUCGACCGCAGUCUGUUCACCAUUCUAUCGACAUUCAACACAUACAAUACGACAUAUCCAUUCUCAUCUCUGGCAACCAUGGACUUCGCUCCUUAUCAAUCAUCUCCUCCGGAGCAUUCACGUGUAACUUCUCCCGACUAUGCAUCGCCUCGACCAUCCUACGAUGCCAGACGAUCGUUUUCGCCGGUCGCUUCUCCUCCACCGCUUCAGCACCCGCAGCCACAACGAGGAUGGAGCGGUUUUGAUGGCCAGUCAGCUGGCUGGGCGGCCAUUAGUCCUGAUAACCGCGCUUUUGGUGCAUCAAGCACAAUGCCUGGCGCCUAUCCUGCUGCCGAAGUCAGCGAGUUCGACACAAGUUUAGGAAUGCGCCUGGAUUACGAAGCCUGUCUAGCAUAUGUCGCAUUUCCACCACUGGGUGCGAUUAUACUGCUGAUCUUGGAGCGGAAUAGUGACUAUGUGAGGUUUCAUGCUUGGCAAUCUGCAUUGCUAUUCACAGCCAUUAUGGUCUUCCAUCUUAUAUUUUCAUGGUCAACAUUCCUCAGCUGGCUAUUCUUCCUUUGCGACAUUGCCUUAAUCGCUGUCCUCACAUUACGAGCUUACAAAGAUGCAGAGAUACUCGACAGAUUCGAGGUGCCUUUUUUCGGUGCCCUAGCUAGUCGAUUCCUUGAUGAUGAGUAACGAAUAAUUGAGUUGCACACACUACGUGUACUGUAUUGUUUUUUGAGUUUUGCCCAUUUAGUCUUGUAUUCACAAUACCCCUUCGGAUCUCAGGGCUCACGAUCGAAUUACCUCAUGCUAGAAGCGACUCUCUGCCUUAACAUAUUAAUAGAUAUGCUCGCACCCAUCUGACAGACUUUAAUGGUUCUAGAAAGCCAAGGACCUUCAGCCUCAGCUCUUCUACCUCUUAAGUCCAGCUGAUGCACCCAGUCCUUGAAGAUCAUCUUCCAUAAUACUUCAAGCCACUUAGGGUACUUGAGAUUGGAUUCGAUCAUGAGGAGACAAGAAUGAAGUAUCUUAUUUAGGUCUCGCAAAAUCUAUUUUCAACCCCUGAGACUGGA